AUGCGCCGAUUGAUCCAACCGACAAGCCGCAGCUCGAGUGAUGACCAUGAGCUUGAGGUUGUUCUUGAUAACCCCGAUGGCGACGUCAGCUUGGCCUUUCCCGAGGGCGGCCGAGAGGCAUGGGUCUGUUUGCUAGGAUCAUGUCUCAUGAUGUUCCCCUCAUUUGGGUUCCAGACUGCAGUUGGAUCGGUCCAGGAUUAUAUCAGCACUCACCAGUUGUCCGAAUAUGGGGACCGAGAUGUCGGCUGGAUCACUGCAGUACUAGUAUUUUUGACGUUGUUUCUUGGUGUCCAAGUUGGACCGCUCUUUGAUCAAUAUGGACCCAAGGUCCUGUUGAUCAGUGGAUCACUUGGGAAUUUCGCUUCGUACAUACUCCUCGCAGAAUGUACCAAAUACUGGCACUUUAUGCUUUGCCUUGGUGUUCUUGGUGGAAUGUCAGCGGCAAUUGUUACAACCGUCUCUAUUGCGGUCCUCAGUCACUGGUUUAACCGAAGACGCGCCCUUGCCUCUGGAAUCUGUAUGGGAGGAUCAUCUGCAGGUGGUGCCAUUAUCCCCUUGAUGCUACGAAGCUUGUUUGAUAGAUACGGGUGGAUAUGGGCUAUACGGAUCGUCGCUUUUAUGGCCUUGGGAUGCUACGCGGUGGGAGUUUUACUCAUUAGAGGCCGUCUACCCACUGGCAGCAAGAGUAAAGCAACGAUCGAUCUUGCUGCUUUCAAGUCACCCCGUCUGUGCUUUCUUACCGUGGCCGUCUUUUGCUUCGAGUUCAUUAUUUUUGGAUGUGCUGCACUUCUUCCAUCAUAUGUGCGUUACAGCGGGUUCUCCGUGGAUUUGCAGUUUUAUUCCCUUACUGUGUUGAACAGUAUGAGCCUUAUCGGGAGGGUUCUUCCUGGCUUUGCUGCGGACCUAUUUGGUCGAUUCAAUAUUCUAUUAUUACUAGUUGUUAUAACCAUUAUAAUUAUGGCAGCUGUUUGGCUACCAUAUGGGUCUCACGAUGAAGGCACGCUUUACGCAGUUGUGGCGAUUUUCGGAUUCGGUUCUGGUGGGUGGCUCUCGCUUGCUCCAGUUUGUGCAGGCCAGCUUUGUGACACCAAAGAUUAUGGUCGAUUUUAUGGCACUGUUUACUCUGUGGCUUCAUUUGGAGUUUUGCUCACUGUCCCAAUUGGUGGACAGUUGCUACAGUCAGCCACACCACAGGUUCUUAUUAGUUUCUAUUCCACCAUUUUGCUCGUAGGGCUAAUAAGUAUUAUCCUGUCUCGAUGGGCUCUUUUGAACUGGAGUUGGGAGUGGAAAGCCAAGGUAUAA